UCGAAACAUUCAAAACAAAAUUUUCUUUCCUGUUAUCAUAGUUCUAUAAACUGCAGUUUUAUCGAAGUUGAGCCGUAAUUUUACCUUUUACGAUGAGUACAGCUGCAGGAAAGCGUGGUAAAAGAAAAGCCCCGGCAAAUGAAAUUAAAACUGCAAAAGAAAAAGUCAAAAAGCCACGAAAACCAAAAGGGAUGCCAGACCUCAAACCCGGGGAGGUGCUGGUCGAUUUGUUGAAGAAACGAUGGCGAUUGGGCGAUCUUUUUGGCUGGGGAGGCUUUGGUGCCUUGUAUUAUGCAUCACCUGAUACAGACAAGGCUGUCAAUGACAAAGCAACUUAUGUUGCAAAAGUUGAACCACAUUCUAAUGGACCACUUUUUGGAGAACUUGCAUUUUAUCAGCGAGCUGCUAAGGAAGAAACAAUUAACAAAUGGAUAUCUUCUCACAAACUGAAGUUUCUGGGCAUUCCAGCAUACAUUGGUUCAGGGGGACAUGAAAAUGGUGGUUCAAAAUAUAGAUUCAUGAUAAUGGAGAGAUUUGCCGAUGAUGUUGAUCAGAUAUUUGCAAAAUAUGGCAAGCGGUUUCACAUCCAAACUGCCUUCACCCUAGCAAUUCGCAUUAUUGAUAUCCUUGAAUACAUUCAUGCACAAGGCUACGUCCAUGCGGACAUCAAAGGCUCCAACCUGAUGAUGGGAUAUAGUAAAAAGGUAUUUCUACUGGAUUAUGGUCUAGCAUAUCGCUUCAAUACGGACGGGGUCCAUAAAGAAUACAAAGAAGACCCCAAGCGAAAGCACGAUGGGACUAUAGAAUUCACAAGUCGAGAUGCGCAUAAGGGCGUAGCUCCUUCUCGAAGAACAGACCUUGAAAUCCUUGGCUACGUCAUGUUACAGUGGUUGUGUAGUAAACUGCCAUGGGAAGACAAUUUGAAUGAUAAAGAUUAUGUCAUGAAUUCAAAAAUAAGAUUAAUGGAGAAUAUUCCACAAUCUUUGAGAAAAUGCUUGAAAGAUCAACGAGCUGGUAAUAUAAUCGAUGAGUUGGAACAAUAUUUCAAAUCAAUUGCGACACUGGAGUAUGAUGAAACACCCAAUUACAACAAGUUAAGAAAAAUAUUUCAAGAUGGACUUCGCAAAAGAAAAUUCCCAGAUGAUGGCCAAACAGUAAAGUUCAAAACAGACGACUGUUCAAGUGCUUCAAAUGAUGAGGCAUUUGAAGAUUGGUCAAAUGAAAUGGAAGACAGUGAAGGCAAUGCAUCACCAUUAAAACCUACCAGACAACCAAUUAGUCGCAAACCUGCAUCAAAGUCUUCAAGAAAAGAACCAAGCAGCCCUGCCAAAAGCUCAUCAAAUAAGAGAGUGGCAAGCCCUGUCAAGCCCUUAAGGGCUGCAGCUGCUAGGAAGCCAAAGGUUUCUAAGGUGCCUGGAAGAACAUCUAGAUCCAAGUUAGAAACAACAGAAUCACCCGAUCGUCAAGAAUCAUCUUCAAAUUCUGAGAAAACAGUUGCUAAAGGUAGAAAGGGUAAGACAGCAGAAGAGAAACCAGCCAAGAUGGAAAGACCAGCAGCAAAAAGAGGGCGUGGUCGGCCGAAGAAAACAGAGGAACCUGUGCUUGUAGACAGAGGCACAUCACCAUAGACUGAUACUAGGACGUCGCUCUCUCUCUCUCUAAGGAUGCAUCACAAGGUCUUCCUCCAGCCUCACACAGCCACCUUAACUCACGUCUACCUGAGGACCUUUUUGCCAGCUAACAGAACAUAACAUUUGAUAAUAAAUAAUAAUUAAAUACAUUUCCUAUAUCGCAAAAAAUGAACAGUCAGAUCAUUUACAUUUGAAUAUUUUUCUACAACCUGCAUUAGUUGUGGUCGGUUGGCCAUGCCUAAGUUUAGACUUAAUGGUAAACCAGAAUUAACUUUCUGUUCUUAUCAGCACUAAACAAAAUAUAGUUAAGACUUGUUAUACAAUCAUUAAAAUUUGUUAUUU